AAUACAGAGCUGCAAAUGGUGUUGCUUGGCUUAGCCAUGUCCCUGCUGGUCUUGGCUAUUGUUCUUGGCAACAUGUUAGUGAUCACAGCCAUUGCCCGUUUCCAGAGGCUCCAGAAUGUUACUAAUUGCUUUAUCAUGUCACUAGCCUGUGCUGACUUGGUCAUGGGACUUGUGGUGGUACCCUUUGGUGCCAUUUACAUCAUCCUCAACACGUGGCAUUUUGGAAGAUUCUGGUGUGAGUUCUGGACAGCCACUGAUGUGCUUUGUGUAACAGCUAGCAUUGAGACGCUCUGUGUCAUUGCCCUGGAUCGCUACCUUGCCAUCACCUCCCCUUUUCACUACCAUUCUAUGCUGACCAAGUGCAAGGCUUGCAUUGUGGUACUGAUUGUGUGGAUUAUUGGAGGCCUUAUCUCCUAUCUGCCCAUCCAUUUGAAGUGGUGGAUUUCCAGUACUGAAGAGGCAACACGGUGCAUGAACAACACCUUUUGCUGCGAGUUUCAUACCAACCGAAGCUAUGCUAUUAUCUCUUCUGUUAUCUCCUUCUAUAUCCCUCUUGUGAUCAUGGUGUUUGUCUACAGUCGUGUCUUUCAAGAGGCUAGGAAACAGAGAAAAAAAAUAGUCAAAAGUGAAGGCCGUUUCCACCAAAGUGGAUGUCAGCAGGAAUUCAGUGACACAGAAUUUGGAAGAGAAAUUAGGGCCAUCAAAAAGCCUAGGUUAUGCCUGAAGGAACACAAGGCUCUAAAAACCCUAGGUAUUAUUAUGGGAAUAUUUACAUUGUGUUGGCUUCCUUUCUUUGUUCUUAAUGUGGUCGUGAGUGUCCAUGAAUUGGACAACAUCAAGAUACUAUUUAGAAUAUUAAACUGGAUUGGUUAUGCAAACUCAGCCUUCAACCCCCUGAUCUACUGCAGGAGUCCAGAGUUCCGAUAUGCAUUUAGGCAGAUCCUGUGCAUGAGGAGGUCUCAUUAUCCCAAUCUGCAACCAUGCAAUGGAUACAAAUAUAGUGGACAGAGCUGGCAGAGUGAACAUCAUGGAAGGAGCAAGUGUAGCUCAGAGGACAGUGACCCAGUUGAAGGUGGCUCUGAGAAGGAAGAAUGCAGAUAA